AUGUUUAUCAUUUCCACUGCUCUCGCUAUCGUCAACUUCUUGUAUGCCUUCCUCACGACUGAUGUCUUAGCGGAUGGCACAUAUCCCGGAGAAACCGAGUCUGUCCUGAGAGAGAAAGACGUUGGUAACCUUCUGGAUGUCUUCGCGAAUGCUUUGAAUACCGCGAACAAACGUCUUGAACGGUCCCUUCGGGAGAAAGCAUCGUUGACGGAAUUCAUCGGCGACCUCCCUGGAGACACGGCGGUUUCGUCCCCGCCGGGCAGGGAGGUACACCCAGUACACCGGCCUUCUGGAACUGUGAAGACGUUCAGAGGACUGGUGAUCCCAGAGGAGCCUAAGCCGCCAGCUGCAGACGAAUGUUGCAUGUCAGGCUGCGCCGUCUGUGUAUAUGACUUGUACGAAGAGUCGCUACAGGCGUAUAAUGCUUCACUCAAUGCGCUCAGAUCUACACUUAGAGCCUGGAAUGUGCCCGAGAGCGAAUGGCCUGCAUCUAUCCGGGAUGCUGGCGAUGCUGCCAAGGAAUCGGAGGGUAAUAAGACGAAGAAUGUGACCCUCAGCGCUUUCGAGGAGCUCGAGAAGAUGCUGCAGCAGAAAAGAGCAGGGACUUGAUAUGCUUUGGAGGCGUUUUCGCACUAUGUUCCGGUUGACCUCCACGAGCCAUUCCCGUCUUCGGGUGCUGUCUGGGAUUCUUGUCAAUCCCUGCGCACCGCUCGCAGGCAGUGCAGAUGAAAUUCCUUGAAAAGCUAUUCAAGUCGACGCGACGGCCGUUUCUUUCCUCGUGCGUUUUUGGCCCUGCCAGCACGAUAAGCAGGUUCGGUGCAUUUCCUUGCCCCAUCAAAAUCAGGCGAUCCUUCAGCCUUGGAAUGAAGACCGCAAAACGGGAAACGCGGAACGCCCUUUGACACAGUGGGGAAGGAUGUGUAUUGACGGCUGGCCAUGACUCCUAGAGCCUUGGUGGCGG